AUGCAGUCUGUAAAUGAGCCAGUCAAGCUGGCGCUCAAGGGCACUCCCGAAGAGAUCGGAUUUGUACAUGGCGACGUACUACGCAACCAGAUUCGCAGUCAGAUAUCCAUCUACGCCACCAUGUUCCAGCACACAUCAAACCUAGACUGGGGACAAGUGCGCGAACUCGCGAAGGAGUUCCAGCCCGCGCUCGAGAAGCUAACCCCUGACUUGUUCGUCGAGAUGCGGGGUAUUGCAGAGGGUGCCGGGGUUGACGUGUUGGAUAUCAUCGCACUGAAUUGCCGAAGCGAGAUAGCGCUCGGGAGGUUCUCCGACGGCUGUACGUCGCUCUCCUGGAAGAAGAACGAAGGAGCACGGGUACUUUCGCAGAACUGGGACUGGACGGACACGGUUAAGAAGAAUCUAGCGAUGAUGUCCAUUGAGCAGCCGGGGAAACCUACUAUCUAUAUGGUUACCGAGGCAGGAAUUGUGGGCAAGAUUGGGUUCAACUCCAAUGGCGUUGGGACCUGUCUUAAUGCAAUCCGCGCCAAACCGAUGAUCAGUAGUAAGCUGCCGAUCCAUGUUGCGCUUCGGUUGUGCUUGGAGAGUGCAUCUGUGGAUGACGCUGUGAAGACGCUCGAGUCUCUGGGUGGCGUCGCUUCUGCUCAGCAUAUCCUUUGUGCUGAUAGUACCAAAGCUCUGGGUCUGGAGCUAUCGCCAGUUGGGGAUAAGCAUAUCUCUGAGAACUCAUCUGGGAUCAUUGGUCAUACUAAUCAUUUCCUUGAGAAUCGCUAUGUGAAUGAGCCGCCGUGGCUGUCUGGAUCGCCUAUCCGGUUGAAACGGCUGGAGGAGUUGACGCAGGAGUUGGUCCGAGAUGGUGUCAAGGGUGAUGCUAUCACUCCUGCUUUGCUACGAGAGCGGAUCUUUUCUGAUACGUAUAAUCUGCCGCAAGCGAUAUGUUGUCAGGAAGAUCCUUCGCGCCAUAUUUCUACCCGAAGCAGUACUUUGUUUAACAUAGUGAUGAACCUGGACCCGAAUGACCUGCGCGCCGAGGUGGUCUUUGGUCGAGUCGGGUCUGGUGAGGAAGGGCCCGUGUUGAAGAUGCCUUGGUGA